AUGGCGGCGUUUCGCCGGACGUUCCGACUUGUCCAAAACAGUGUGGGUGUCAUCCCCAAUGUGGGUGUCAUCCCCAAUGUGGGUGUCAUCCCCAGUGUGGGUGUCAUCCCCAGUGUGGGUGUCACCCCAAAUGUGGGUGUCAUCCCCAGUGUGAGUGUCAUCCCCAGUGUGGGUGUCAUCCCCAGUGUGAGUGUCAUCCCCAAUGUGGGAGUCAUCCCCAGUGUGGGUGUCACCCCAAAUGUGGGUGUCAUCCCCAGUGUGGGUGUCAUCCCCAGUGUGAGUGUCAUCCCCAGUGUGGGUGUCAUCCCCGAGGUUGGUGUCAUCCCCAGUGUUGGUGUCAUCCCCAAUGUGAGUAUCAUCCCCAGUGUUGGUGUCAUCCCCGAGGUUGGUGUCAUCCCCAAUGUUGGUGUCAUCACCAAUGUGAGUGUCAUCCCCAAUGUGAGUGGCAUCCCCAAUGUGGGUGUCAUCCCCAAUGUGGGUGUCAUCCCCAAUGUGGGUGUCAUCCCCAAUGUUGGUGUCAUCCCCAGUGUGGGUGUCAUCCCCAAUGUUGGUGUCAUCCCCAAUGUUGGUGUCAUCUCCAAUGUGAGUGUCAUCUCCAAUGUUGGUGUCAUCCCCAGUGUGGGUGUCAUCCCCAGUGUGGGUGUCACCCCAAAUGUGGGUGUCAUCCCCAGUGUGGGUGUCAUCCCCAGUGUGGGUGUCACCCCAAAUGUGGGUGUCAUCCCCAGUGUGAGUGUCAUCCCCAGUGUGGGUGUCAUCCCCAGUGUGAGUGUCAUCCCCAAUGUGGGAGUCAUCCCCAGUGUGGGUGUCACCCCAAAUGUGGGUGUCAUCCCCAGUGUGGGUGUCAUCCCCAGUGUGAGUGUCAUCCCCAGUGUGGGUGUCAUCCCCGAGGUUGGUGUCAUCCCCAGUGUUGGUGUCAUCCCCAAUGUGAGUAUCAUCCCCAGUGUUGGUGUCAUCCCCGAGGUUGGUGUCAUCCCCAAUGUUGGUGUCAUCACCAAUGUGAGUGUCAUCCCCAAUGUGAGUGGCAUCCCCAAUGUGGGUGUCAUCCCCAAUGUGGGUGUCAUCCCCAAUGUGGGUGUCAUCCCCAAUGUUGGUGUCAUCCCCAGUGUGGGUGUCAUCCCCAAUGUUGGUGUCAUCCCCAAUGUUGGUGUCAUCUCCAAUGUGAGUGUCAUCUCCAAUGUUGGUGUCAUCCCCAAUGUUGGUGUCAUCCCCAGUGUGGGUGGCAACACCAAUAUGAGUGUAAUCCCUACUGUGGGUGUCAUCCCCAAUGUGGGUGUCAUCCCUACUGUGGGUGCCAUCCCUACUGUGGGUGUCAUCCCCAAUGUGGGUGCCAUCCCCACUGUGGGUGUCAUCCCCAAUGUGGGUGUCAUCCCCACUGUAGGUGUCAUCCCUACUGUAGGUGUCAUCUCCAAUGUGGGUGCCAUCCCCAAUGUUGGUGUCAUCACCAAUGUGAGUGUCAUCCCCAAUGUGAGUGGCAUCCCCAAUGUGGGUGUCAUCCCCAAUGUGGGUGUCAUCCCCAAUGUGGGUGUCAUCCCCAAUGUUGGUGUCAUCCCCAGUGUGGGUGUCAUCCCCAAUGUUGGUGUCAUCCCCAAUGUUGGUGUCAUCCCCAGUGUGAGUGUCAUCUCCAAUGUGAGUGUCAUCUCCAAUGUUGGUGUCAUCCCCAAUGUUGGUGUCAUCCCCAGUGUGGGUGGCAACACCAAUAUGAGUGUAAUCCCUACUGUGGGUGUCAUCCCCAAUGUGGGUGUCAUCCCUACUGUGGGUGCCAUCCCUACUGUGGGUGUCAUCCCCAAUGUGGGUGCCAUCCCCACUGUGGGUGUCAUCCCCAAUGUGGGUGUCAUCCCCACUGUAGGUGUCAUCCCUACUGUAGGUGUCAUCUCCAAUGUGGGUGCCAUCCCCAAUGUUGGUGUCAUCACCAAUGUGGGUGUCAUCUCCAAUGUGAGGGUCAUCCCCAAUGUGGGUGUCAUCCCCACUGUGUGUGUCAUCCCCAAUGUGGGUAUCAUCUCCAUUGUGGGUGUCAUCUCCACUGUAGGUGGCAUCCCUACUGUAGGUGUCAUCCCCAAUGUAGGUGUCAUCCCCAAUGUGAGUGUCAUCUCCAAUGUUGGUGGCAUCCCCAAUGUUGAUGUCAUCCCCAAUAUUGGUGUCAUCCCCAAUGUUGGUGUCAUCUCCAAUGUUGGUGGCAUCCCCAAUGUUGGUGUCAUCCCCAAUAUUGGUGUCAUCCCCAAUGUUGGUGUCAUCCCCAGUGUUGGUGUCAUCCCCAAUGUGAGUGUCAUCCCCAGUAUGGGUGUCAUCCCCAAUGUGAGUGUCAUCUCCAAUGUGAGUGUCAUCUCCAAUGUUGGUGUCAUCCCCAAUGUUGGUGUCAUCCCCAGUGUGGGUGUCAUCCCCAAUGUUGGUGUCAUCCCCAGUAUGGGUGUCAUCCCCAAUGUGAGUGUCAUCUCCAAUGUGAGUGUCAUCUCCAAUGUUGGUGUCAUCCCCAAUGUGAGUGUCAUCCCUACUGUGGGUGUCUUCCCCAAUGUGUGUGUCAUCCAUACUGUGGGUGCCAUCCCCACUGUGUGUGUCAUCCCCAAUGUGGGUGUCAUCUCCAUUGUGGGUGUCAUCUCCACUGUAGGUGGCAUCCCUACUGUAGGUGUCAUCCCCAAUGUAGGUGUCACCCCCAAUGUGUGUGUCAUCUCCAAUGUGGGUGCCAUCCCCAAUGUUGGUGUCAUCCCCAAUUUUGGUGUCGUCCCCAAUGUGGGUGUGAUCUUCAAUGUGGGUGUCAUCUCCAAUGUUGGUGUCAUCCCCAAUUUUGGUGUCGUCCCCAAUGUGGGUGUCAUCUUCAAUGUGGGUGUCAUCCCCAGUGUGGGUGUCAUCCCCAGUGUAGGUGUCAUCUCCAAUGUGGGUGCUAUCCCCAAUUUUUGUGCCAUCCCCAAUGUGGGUGUCAUCUCUAAUGUGGGUAUCAUCUCCAAUGUGGGUGUCAUCUCUACUGUGGGUGUCAUCCCUACUGUAGGUGUCAUCCCUACUGUGGGUGUCAUCCCCAAUGUGGGUGUCAUUCCUACUGUGGGUGUCAUCCCUACUGUAGGUGUCAUCCCUACUGUGGGUGUCAUCCCCAAUGUUGGUGUCAUCCCUACUGUGGGUGUCAUCCCCAAUGUUAGUGUCAUCCCUAUUGUGGGUGCCAUCCCCAAUGUGGGUGUCAUCCCUACUGUGGGUGUCAUCCCCAAUGUGGGCGUCAUCCCUACUGUGGGUGUGAUCCCCAAUGUGGGUGUCAUCCCUACUGUGGAUGUCAUCCCCAAUAAAGAAACUUCUUUAUGUAUGAAUCCAAUUGUUAUCGCCACAGAUUCGUCAAGCUUUCCCGUGUACUAUCUAGCAUUGGUCUUCGACAAACAGCCUCCCAACAUCAGCCCACGGAAGGUUCCGGUCGUUCGAUUGGAUAUCCUGAUCUCCUAG